UUUUUUUGCUUUAGAGGAACAUAGCUAUAACAAUUGCAAGUUAAAAUCAGUGAAUGGAGUUAAGGUUAAGUAAUAAUUGAGAGUUUGAUUAAUAGUAUCACCGUAACGACUGGACUAGAUCUAGAUAUAUCAGAAGAAAACCGAAAUGUCUUCGUUUACAGAGUCCAACUUAGUAAAAAAAUUUACCGAAUUAAACAAUACACAGCAGAGUAUUCAAACACUUUCAUUGUGGCUUAUUCACCAUAAAAAACACUCAAGAACAAUAGUUCAAAUAUGGUACAGAGAACUGGAAAAAGCCAAACCCAGUAAACGUUUAACAUUUGUCUACUUGGCUAAUGAUGUGAUUCAAAACAGCAAAAGGAAGGGUCCAGAAUUCAGCAAAGACUUCGCUCACAUAUUGCCAGAUGCAUUUACGCAGGCAUCCAAAGAGGCUGAUGAUAAAAUGAAAGCAUCUCUUAUUCGUGUCAUAACCAUCUGGAAAGAGCGUGGUGUUUAUGAUAAGUCUUUCAUUAAAAAAUUAAAGCAAUGUGUUGGCAUGGGUGCACCUCUGCUAACUUCAACAUCAGCGACUUCAGUUAUACAGCCAAUUUCCAAGUCCACUGUGAAGCCGACUAAACAACCAGAAGUAGCAACCAAGCUAGAACCUAAGAAACUUAAAAAAAAUGAGCCUGAGUAUUCUUUACGUCAGGAAGUUGAAGCCAUGGGUGUACAGUUACCACAAAAUGUAGACGCUGAAGAUCUUGUGCAAAGAUUAUCUGAUUUAGAAAAUUCAGCUUCAUGUGAUGCUUCAGUCAGAGAAAGAAUAGCAGCGCUGCCACCAGAAGUAUCAGAUAUAAGUCAUCUUGACAAAAUUCAAGACAGAGAAUCAGCUGAUCGACUAUCUGAAAAAGUGGACGAAGCAGCACUGCUCCUCAAUGAGUAUAACCGACGUUUAGUUGCUGAGCUUGAAGAGAGGAAGAAAGUUGCAAGAAUGCUUCGGUCUUUUAUUUUAUCCCAGCAACAACAGGUGAAAGAAAAAGAGAAAAGUCUGCAGGGCCAUCGCACUAAAGCACAGCGCAAAAGGGGGUCCCAGUCCAAAAAAGGAGUUCAAAGACAAACUUCACAAGGUCACAAGUGUCAGACAAGAGUUGGUAUCCCACAUCCAGAACCUCCCUGAUCUGACGCUGUUACCUGAUGUAACUGGUGGUCUUGCACCUUUACCAUCUGCUGGAGACCUCUUUUCACUUCAAAAUUUAUGAGUCCCCGUUGAAUUUGUUUCUUGAAGAUUUCAGAGUUUGUUAUUUUAGUGGUGAUUUGGUUUGUUUUCUACAAGAACAUUCUGUUGUAGAGAUUAUCACUUGUAUUUGUUUUAUUACUUUCUGACUUGAAUGUCUAGUUAUUGAAACAAUAGGAGGAAAUAAAAUUUUUAUGCUUGUUAUGUUAACAGAGCUAUUUUUUAUUAUGUUUUGUGAAACUUAACCAAAAGUUAUUUUCAUCAUUUUAUUGUAUGCAACUCUAAGUUUUAAUGCUAAUGUAGUGGCCUUGUAGUUAAUCUAUUUGGACUGGGGAGUAGUAGUGAACUUGAGAACUCCUCUCAAGUCUCUGAAUUUUUCAGCUCGAAUUAAUUUAUUAGCAUUGGCUUGGAGGAUGUACAAAAUGCUGGGGACUGUACAAGCUACAUAUUACCCUGGUAUGCCAUUGGUGAUUACUGGCCAUACUAAAAUAGUAACCUCCUAAAUUUGACCUUUGUUUAAUUGUCAACUGAACACAAUUUAUUUGUUUCAAAAUAUUUGUUUUGUUUGUUUAUAAUAAAAAUACAUUUGUUGGAUUAAGUGAAAGCAGUCCUUCAUUAACUCUUAGACUACAGUCAAUUCCUAACUCUCCUUUUCCCUGUUGACUACUAAGUCUCAGGAGACAAGUUCAUUUAUGCUACUUAUACUUGUUAAAGUAUUUGAUUGUUAAUCUGAACAUUUCAAGUUUGUGACCAUGUGAAGUCAUUGCUUAUAGUGACAUGAAUGUCUUGGCCUUGUGAAAAGUUCAUUAAUUUACGGAGCUCUGAAAAAAAAAAUGCUUGCCAGAAAAAGUAUUAUUGAUAUUACUGAUCACUCAAUGCCCUCAAAUUCAUUGACCACAGGAAGUGGAUGACUUCAAUGUUCUCUAUUAACUUUAAUAACUGUAUCUCGGAGCAGUACCACAAAAAAGAAGAGGCAGAGAAAGCGCUGAGAAGACAACAUAAAAGAAUGGACGGGCCUGCCAUUGAAAAAGGCAAGGCAAAAGACAGAGAGAAAUUGAGAAAGACGAGAAUCUUGUGUGCUGCAGCAAUGGUCCAACAGACUAAGGGAUAGGUGAAGGUGAAUUGUAUCUGAACAUAAUUAUCUUCAUAACAUUUGUUAAGUUCCAUGAUAGUUUUUCUAUAGGAGUGCAGAGUGAUAGAAUAGUUGAGAUGGGAUCUUAUAGCCAGCACAACAUUUGCCUCUUGUAGCUAUAAAAUGGCAUCUACAGAUAUUCUUUAGUGUAAAAGUAUUUCUGUGUGAAUGAGUUUUCUAUAUGAAUCUUUUUUAUGACAAUCACUCAGUCCCAAUCUUAAUGUAACUUUAAUUUUUGUUAAAUUUGAUUAAUUUUAAUUUGCCUACUAGAAGAAGAAAAAAGAAAUACAAAAAAAGUGUUCCUGUAAUGAGGUGCCAAUAUCAUUCUUUUAGAAAACAAUUCUUACUGGUUAAGGGAAGCAUUUUGAGCAUAGAAUGUAAUCUCUCUUUAGCAGGUGGAUGCCACCACCAAACUUUGAUGAAUAAACAAGUCAAUGAUUUUAUUCAAUCAAUGUCUUACCUACCUGUAUUUAAUGUUAUGUUUAUACAUGUCUUUUGAAAGAAAAGUUCUAGUAGGAAACAUAUUUAUAGUAAUCAGACAUUGGUCUUUCUAGUUGAAUUUAUAUGUGUAGCAUUUUCUGUUGUUUUUUUUUUGUUUUUUUUUUGCCAUAUUGUUUGCUCAAUAAUCGUGUCAGUAGGAAAACUGAAAUGUAGUCAUAGAAAAUAGUUAAUUUCACUGAUAUAAAAAAAAAAUGAGUUUGGUUCAUUUUUUCACAUACAAUGACUUUCUUACUCUAAUAGCAAUAGAUUUGUGUAAAUAUCUUCAAGAGGCUUUACUUUCACAUCUCCCUGUAAAGGAUUAUUUCUUCACUCUUUAAGACAAUGUAUUUCUUUUCAACUAUUCUAUCUUGUUGCUGCAGCCAAGUAUGAGGAAUGGCUGUUGAUUGAGAGACUUUGACUUUAGAAAAUAGUUUGUGUUGGCUCAUGGUUACAUUUUUAUUUUUUCUGUUUGCUGGACUAUUGUAUUUAUUUUGGGGUGAAAUUUUAAAAAAAGGGAGAGGGGGAAUUAACUGUUCUUUUGUUUAAUUAUAUUUAAUUUUAUGUUAUUGUUUGGCCUGCAUAUUAUGAUGCCGUGGCUAACUCAUCAGUCAACGGGAAAAGUUUUAAAUGAUAUGUUGAAAUAAAAAAUAUAUAUUGUA